UGGUUUUGUCUCUGCUCCGACGUCCGGAAGUGCUGCCGGAAGGAGACCAAUCUCCCCUCGCGGGGACAGGCGAAGGCGCGGGGGAAGCGUCGCGGAGCUGCCACGGGACGGUCGGACGUGCCGAGUGCUGGCGGUACUGAGAUAUGAAGAGAUUUGCUGAAUGUGGAAUAUAACUUUUCAGAACCACCUUUGUUUUAUUCUGUGUUUGUUGCAACAAUGUUUGGGAGAUUGACUUUUCCACAACUGCUUUUUGCUGGAGUCCUUGGACUUGCUGGAGGAAUAUAUAUUUAUCAACCAAUAUUUGAACAAUAUUCCAGGGAGCAGAAGGAAUUAAAAGAAAGGGCGAAAUUGGCACAAGCAUCAGAAGAGAAGAAAAGUUAAUACUACCUGGAGUUGAAUUGUAACAGUUGAUUAAAAUUUUGCUGAAAUUAUACACUGACCUAGGAAAAACUUAGGUAUUUUUUAAACACAAAUAAAUAAUGGAUAAUGAUAUUUUUAAAACUA